AUGGCACUGUCCAUCGCAAGCUUAUUCACCAUUAGCAUGAUUCUCCACCACAAAUAUUCGACCCCUUUGCUCAGAGCACACAAUGAUCUCGAGAAAGAGACGACCCUCCAUUUCUUUCUCCACGACACACCUGGCGGACGAAACCCUAGCGCCGUCAAAAUCGUAGCUCCGUCGGACCAAAGCCGCGACGACACCUCGCAAACGCCGUUUGGCACCGUCUGGGUGGUGGACGAUCCGCUGACCCUUGGUCCCGAACGGGAUUCGGCCGUCAUCGGGAACUCGAAGGGCAUGUACGUGUCGGCGGGCAGACACGACCGAGUGAUGGUAGCUUAUCUCGACUUCGUAUUUACAAUAUUCCCUUUAUACAAAAUUGACGGUAGAGUUCGCCGUGGUGGGAGGCCGAGGUGUGUUUCGGAUGGCGAGAGGAUUUGCCAAUCUUAA